CAUAAUUAGAAGAAAUGGAUACACCCCGGCGGCCACUGGUCCAAGGGACCAGACAGCGGGACCCCCGGUGGAGUAUAGGCAGGCAUGUGUGUCCCUCAGGGGGGCAGUCGUAGCGGUCAGCCCCAGCAUCUUCCGCUUAGCCAUGAAUCCAUGGCUAAGGAUUCUACAGCAGUCCCUGGUCUGGGAUCCAGGCAGCGACAUAGAGCCCUCUCCUCUUUACUCGUUCAUUAUAUCCCUCAUUCUAUACCUACCUACCUCUGAGAACACCAAGCCCAACCAUCUCGCAAGACAAUAAUUUAUCCACUCACUCACUCACCAAAGCCAAAAUGUCUCUCACAACCACCGCCACCACAACCGCGGCCUCCGCCACCUCCACCUGCCACCAGCAGCUCUACGAGAUCCCCAUCAAGGACGCCGCCUGCGCCAUGCCCAGCACCGGCAACAACUCCGCCAUCAUGAGCAGCUGCUGCGGCGCCGCCGACGUCGUCUCCUACAGCAGCUGCGACUACUACUGUCUCGCCCAGGACCAGACCGUCCACACCCUGGCCGAGUGUCUCAUCAAGGCCUCCGAGGCCGGCGAGGUCUGGUGCAACACCGGCGCCAACGCGACCGCCACGGGCACCGUCCCGGCCACGGGCGCCGGGACCAUCGUCGCGACGGCGUCGGCCACCUCGUCUUCCUCCACGAAGAAGAGCAAGAGCUCCGGAACCGCGACGGGGUCGAGUGCGUCGAGCAGCUCGACUAGUGGGGCGACUGUGGCUGUUGGUGUGACUAAGAAGGCCGUGGGGGUGGUUGCGUUGUUGGUUGCUGGGGUUGUUGGGGGUGGAUUGUUGUAAGGAGGGAGAUGCUUGGAUAGAUGGGUGGUAUAUUUUCGGAAAUGCGGGAGAUAUUGAUGAAGAGGAUGGGGUAGAGGAUACCAGGGUGAUUGGAGAUGAU